GCAGCUCCUGCAAACAUGAAGAGUGAAGACAAGUGACUUUUUGGCCUCUGAAGACCUAAAGUUCACCAGAGACUGAAAAGAUCACAGAAAGCUGAAAGCUUUGAAGCAUAAGGGCUCAACUGCAGUGUAAAAGUGAGCUUAUCUGAGAUUUCAAAACAAAAGAGAGACGACAUGCCAGGCCCAGAAAGAGCAGACCUGAAGGGAGAGGAUUUCUCCACUGCCAUCCUGAAGCAGAAAAACAGACCAAACAGGCUCAUUGUGGACGAAGCACUAAACGAAGAUAGCAGCAUUGUCAGCCUGCCGCAGAAUAAGACUGAGGAGUUGCAGCUCUUCCGCGGGGACACCGUGGUGCUGAGAGGAAGGAAACGGCGGCAAACUGUGUGCAUCGUCCUCACGGAUGACACCUGUGGGGAUGAGAGGAUUGGGAUGAACAGGGUGACGCGCAACAAUCUGCGUGUUCGCCUUGGUGAUGUCAUCAGCAUCCAUGCCUGUCCUGAUAUCAAAUAUGGGAAAAAGAUCCAUGUUCUUCCCAUUGAUGACACUAUUGAGGGCCUAACAGGAAACCUCUUUGAUGUUUUCCUCAAGCCGUACUUUCUAGAGGCAUACCGGCCUGUACACAAAGGUGACAUUUUCUUGGUGAGGGGGAGCAUGCGAGCUGUGGAGUUCAAGGUGGUAGAGACGGACCCGAGCCCUCACUGCAUUGUUGCCCCAGACACUGUCAUCUACUGCGAAGGAGAGCCAAUCAAAAGAGAGGAUGAAGAGGAGAAUCUAAAUGAUGUUGGCUAUGACGACAUUGGAGGCUGUCGGAAGCAGCUCGCUCAGAUCAAAGAGAUGGUGGAGCUUCCUCUCCGGCAUCCAGGACUCUUCAAGGCGAUAGGAGUUAAGCCCCCCAGAGGCAUCCUGCUUUAUGGCCCUGCGGGUACAGGGAAAACCCUUGUGGCCCGAGCAGUAGCCAAUGAAACUGGUGCCUUCUUCUUUCUAAUUAAUGGUCCUGAGAUUAUGAGUAAGUUGGCAGGGGAGUCUGAAAGCAACCUGAGAAAAGCAUUUGAAGAGGCAGAGAGCAACGCUCCGGCUAUCAUAUUCAUCGAUGAGCUGGAUGCCAUCGCUCCCAAGAGAGAGAAGACUCACGGUGAGGUGGAGAGGCGUAUCGUAUCACAGCUCCUGACCCUGAUGGAUGGUUUGAAGCAAAGAGCUCACGUGGUUGUGAUGGCAGCAACAAACCGGCCAAACAGCAUUGACUCGGCUCUGAGGCGCUUCGGCAGGUUUGAUCGAGAGAUCGACAUUGGGAUCCCAGAUUCGACUGGUAGACUGGAGAUCCUGCAGAUCCACACCAAAAAUAUGAAAUUGGCAGAUGACGUUGAUUUGGAAAAGAUUGCUACAGAAACACAUGGACACGUGGGUGCCGACCUCGGCGCUUUGUGCUCAGAAGCUGCCCUGCAAGCAAUCCGCAAGAAGAUGACGCUCAUUGAUUUGGAGGACGAAACUAUCGAUGCUGACCUGCUCAACUCUCUGGCUGUCACCAUGGACGACUUCCAAUGGGCACUGAGUCAAAGCAACCCAUCAGCUCUGAGAGAGACAGUUGCAGAGGUUCCUCAGGUCAACUGGGAGGACAUCGGUGGUCUGGAUGAGGUCAAGAGAGAACUCCAAGAGCUCGUUCAGUAUCCAGUGGAGUACCCUGACAAGUUCCUGAAGUUUGGGAUGACGCCGUCUCGUGGGGUGCUGUUCUACGGCCCUCCGGGCUGUGGAAAAACACUCCUGGCAAAGGCUAUCGCUAAUGAGUGUCAAGCAAACUUCGUGUCCAUCAAAGGGCCUGAGAUGCUUACCAUGUGGUUUGGAGAGUCGGAGGCCAAUGUCAGAGAUGUGUUUGAUAAGGCCAGACAGGCAGCCCCGUGCAUCUUGUUUUUUGACGAGUUGGACUCAAUUGCCAAGUCCAGAGGAGGCGGGGCGGGGGACGCCGGUGGUGCCGCGGACAGAGUUAUCAACCAGAUUCUCACUGAGAUGGAUGGCAUGUCGGACAAGAAGAAUGUUUUUAUCAUCGGUGCCACAAACAGACCAGACAUUAUAGACCCAGCCAUCCUGCGGCCGGGCCGUCUGGACCAACUCAUCUACAUCCCGCUUCCCGACAAACCCUCCCGCACAGCAAUUCUUAAAGCCAACCUGCGCAAAUCACCUGUUGCACGUGAUGUGGAUCUGGAAUUCCUCUCUGGGAUCACGGAGGGUUUCUCUGGAGCCGACCUGACGGAGAUCUGUCAGCGGGCUUGUAAGCUGGCCAUCCGGGAGGCCAUCGAAGCCGAGAUCAAGGCUGAGCGUCAGAGGCAGAGCAGACCAGGAAUCCCCAUGGACGAAGACUUUGAUCCAGUCCCAGAGAUCAGGAAGGACCACUUUGAAGAGGCGAUGCGCUUUGCUCGCCGCUCUGUUAGUGACAAUGACAUUCGCAAAUACGAGAUGUUUGCUCAGACUCUGCAGCAGAGCCGAGGUUUUGGGAACUUCAGGUUUCCGUCUGCUACUGGCACCCGGUCUAGAGGUCAGGGGUCAGAUUCUGGAUCGGAGAGGCCGAGUCUGUAUAGAGAAGAAUUAGAUGAUGAUCUCUACCACUGAUGAUGAUGGUUCUAGUGAAGCAUCUCUUUCUGUGAAUGAUAGAAAUUACAUUAAAAUGUAAAAUUACAAAACGUUUCCACCUUAGGGAUACAGAGACUGUUUUUUAGUGUACUUUUUAGAAUAAAGUUAGCAAAUGAAUGUUGUUGAUUUGUUUUUUGCAUUUUAUUGCUUGUUAACUGUUAAAGCAGAAGAAUAAACUGAAUUUCUGUUCAGUCCUCCAAUGUUUUGCAUUAGGAUUAAUUUUCAUGUAUUGCACUCAUAUAAAUACUUUGUGUGGAAAUAAUAAAAAUAAUUAUGGCCUACCUCCAAA